AUGAGACUGUAUUUUGGAGCUGAAAUCGACGAUGAGAUCAUCUUGGAGAAGGAAGAAGACUGUGGAAGACAAGCAGAGGUUUACAACGACAUUGUCUUAUCUACUCAGGUAAGCAAUCAAAGUAGUUUUCUCAAACUCUUGGGUUGUUCUCUCGAGUUUCACCUUCCUGUUAUAGUGUUUGAAUACCCAGAGAAUGGAGUUUUGAACGAGCGAGGAGGUUUUGGUUGCGAGGAUGGUCCAUUGUUGCCUUGGAAUGUUCGGUUGAAGAUUGCUGUGACUUAUCUUCACACAGCUUUCUCUAGGAUUAUUAUACAUAGAGAUAUCAAGCCGACGAAUGUUUUCUUGGAUAGGAACUGGUCGGCUAAGCUGACUGAUUUCACGUUUUCUGUGUCACCCCCUGAGGGUAAGUCUUGGAUUGAAGAUGAGGUGAUGGGAACUUUUGGAUACAUGGAUCCGGUUUACUACACCACGGGUUUAGUGACUGAAUAUAUUGAUGUGUUCAGCUUUGGAGCCUUUAUGUUGGUUCUUUUGUUGGGAAGACCAGCUAUUUUGGUUGGAACAAGUGGGGUUCAUUGUAAUAUUCUUGGUUAUGUGAAGGAUCUGCAGGAGAGAGGAGAAAGUGUUGAAUUUGGGAUUAAUGAUUUGAACGACGUGAGGUGUAGUCAGAUGAAAAUGUUUCUUGAGCUGGCACUGAGAUGCUGUGAGGAGAGGAAUGAAGACAGGCCAAAGAUGAUCUUGGUGGCCAAAGAGAUUAAGCUGAUAGAAGGAUUACUCGAUUGUUAAAGCCUGAGAUGCUGGAGAA